GAGUGAGUGAGCAACCGAUGGCGGCAAUGGAAGCGAGAAAGCACUUUCCGCGUUGACUCUUGUGUGUGCGCUUGACAUUUCAAAGCAUGCUAUGAGUGAGCACAGCAUCGUGUCCGACUGGCUGCGAGCCCUUGGGCUUCCGCAGUACGCCGAGAGCUUCGUGGAUAAUGGCUACGACGACUUGGAGAUUUGCAAACAGAUCGGAGACGCCGACUUGGAUGCUAUUGGCGUCUCCGACCCCAAACACCGCGAGCGUGUGUUGCAGGCUGUGCGUGUGCUGCUCGAGCAAGGUGGAACGGCCGUGUACUUCACGCUCGAGGAGGCCGCCAGGCAUUCUCGAGCAGUGGACGAAGACCUGCAGCCUGGCCCACACAAUACCUUGCGAUACUUCACCGACGAGUACGAAGAGGGGAAAGCCGAGCUCGUCUGUUUUCCAAAGAUGCAACUCAAGCUGCUCAUUCGGGAUAAGAUGGGACGCGAUGGGAUACGGCUCAGCAGCAUGCCCUACACUAAUCCGGACGGCAGCCGAGGCAACUUGCAGCCAUUGGCCGUAAAAUACGCAGUGGAGCUCCGCACUCAUUACCAGGACGUCCUUGACAGGCUGGAAGAACUGCGCAGGCGGAGGGUGGCCAUAGAUUUUCCUCCACUCCCGGACGAGACAGACGGUAUAAAAGCACCGCAGUACUACAGGCCGGGGAAGUACAUGCCGUCAAGUUGUCUCCAGGAGCCUGAAGACCCCGAGCCCACGUACGGCGUGUACGGAGUGAUGUCGCAGCAUGCUCCGGCAUCUUCCCCCCAGAGGUACUCCAGGUCCAAAAUAUUCUGCGAGCCAUGUUCCUUCAACAUGACGGAGUGUGGCACCGAAGGUGGUCGGGGUAAGAAGGGUGGCUUCAGCCGGCUAUUCAGGACACUAGGUAGCAAGAAAGACAAGAGCUCACCUCGACACAUGGCUAGGCUCCGGGCUGGAGGAGCAGCCAAGGCAUCCGAUGCCCCGCCGACGACAGGAGCGUGCCUUCCACCUCUGCAGCCCGGAGAUGUGCUUUUGGGUGACGAGCACUGUGUCCAGCUCAUGUUGGCAGUCAGGGACGGACAGCUUACCAUGGAACAAGCUGUGCAGAGGCUACGGCAGAGAGACACGCUACGGUUGCGCAACCACAAGAACAGGGACGAGAUGCUCAAUGAGUUCGCCAGGAGUCUCCUAUGGACCCAGAAUGCCACCAAGAAGACUCAGGCCAACUCUAUUUUUUACACUGAUUCAUGCGGCGGAAUGCACGAGCCUCCCAUCUACUAUGAGCCGCCGGACGCGUCGCCGGACUGCGGCGGAGGCAUAGCCCACUCGCGCCGCAUUUGCGGCGGCGUUCCGGCGCCCACGUGUUCAACGACGCUGCCGAGGAGCGUCGUCCUGGCCUCCCCUUUCAAGCCACCGGUAUCCAGUUCCUCGACUACAACGUACUCAAAGAGCAGCGGGACGUCAGAGGUGUGUGACGGCAACUGCGGCAACAUAAUGUGCAGCGUCCGCGCUGCAGCCGAAAGUUCGCCGUCUCCUCCGGCAGAGGGCAUCACCGUACUCGGGGGAGCAGACGAGGAAAUCGAAACCGAAACUGGUUGCUGUGAUACGGUGCCCGAAGAGGAAGUUGCGUUGCGUACUGUGCCGGACGUUGCGCACGAGAGCGAACUGAAGCGCGCCGCUGCCGCCGCCGGUUCGGAAGGCGCUCGCGAGGGAUCAUCAGCGACGCGGCAAGCGCCGAGUCGCGGUACCAGUGCAAGCAGAGCUAGCGGAGGCAGCGGAGGAAUGCUCGGCCGGCUCCGCAACAUCACGAGUCGAAGCAGCUACACCAGCGAAGAAGGUCAGUCGCAGUCUUCGGACUAUGAGGACCAAGAGGAAGUUGACAAGAUGUCUGAAUCACAGAAGAGCCAAGAACAGCACAGGAAUUCCCUUGUUGGUCGUGUGAGGCAUAUCCACCAAGAUGUUAAGAAGAAGAUAUCAAAGUUCCGAAACAGCCGCAACUCCAUAGAUGGAAGUAUUACCGACGAUAAAGAUGCAGCAGAAGACUGUCUUCAGCCAGGGAGUUCUAUAGAGAGCAUUCCAAGCGGGUCGGCUGGAUCAAGGUCAAGUCUUCAAGCAAACACCCCAUCAAGUAGCAAUCGGAGUUCUAUCGGAGAAGAAGACUGCACGCAGUGCGUUGGUCCCAUCGUGGGUCGAGCUAGGGCGUUGGUUGACAACACACCUUCCCCAUACGACAAGGAUGCCCUGCCUUUCAAGAAAGGUGACAUCAUCGACAUAUUGUCGAAGAACACAACGGGAACGUGGGUCGGUGUGGCGCACAAGAAGGUAGGACACUUCAAGUUCAUCACCGUGGAGGAGAUUCCGGACGAGACCAAGCCCAGGCAGCGGAAGUUUCCGAGCGUGCCAAAGCUGGAUCGUCGCCCCGACAACUUGGAGGAGAUGUUGCAAAUGUUCGGGCUACAGGAUUACCUCAAUGUCUUAAUGCUCCACGGGUACCAGGACCUAGAUAUCUUCAAGGAAGUUGUCAAAGACGACUUGGACAGCCUAGGAAUUACAAACCAUGAACACCAGCUUCUCAUCUUUCAACUUGCUGAAAUGUUACUCGAGUAUGACGGUGAAACCUUAGGCGAAUACACAGAAGUUCCAUCUAGUCCAACCCCACCUCAAGAACAACCAGCAGCAGACUCAACUCAGGCUCCCAUCAACAACCUGGACGGCGGCACAGAAGCGGAUGACCCCGACAUCCAACAGAGCGUCGACUCGACGGUGAACGGCGUGCUUGGCUACGAACUCAACAUCACAGUGGCCGAAGGGGAAGCCGUCAACGAGGGCGGCCACAAUGGCCAAGAGCGGCGUCCAAUCCCCAGAACGUUUCACCAGGACUUCAGUACGGCUUCCAGGGAAGAGGAAGAUACUGCAGGAGAACAGGGCCUGGACGAACGGUUAUCGGAGUCUCCUGCAAGGAUACCACUGAGCUACGCGAGGAAAGUGAAGUCAUCCACCCUCACCAGGCAAGACGACGCGGGUGGGCGAAAGGUGACGCGACCACCGUCGAUGCCACUCCGUGCGUGCAUUGAGCACAAGUUGGCGGCCGAAGGGAUCGACCUGUGCCGAGAACCGUAUACAGACCUGACUGGGUUCUGCGGCAUCCCCCCAGCACUGGUCCAACGCUACUCAGAAGAGCUGCAGAGGGACGUUGCAGAGAUAGCUAAUGCACUCGACCAAGUCAGGAUCACUGAGCUCGGCGAGCGAGGAAGACAUGGCAUCCCGAACGACUUCCUAGCAGACUCGUGCCUGGGCCCCAUAGCAGACGCCGACUACUCCAGUCUCCACAGCUGGCUCGUCUCUCUCGGCCUGCCCAUGUACGAGCCCCUCUUCGCGGAGUCACACAUCACGGACAUUGCCCGUGUUGCCGAGCUGCGCGAGGCCGAUUUCCGUGCGAUGGGCAUCGGCAAUGCACGCCACGUUCGGCUCCUUUCUUCGGCCGUUGGCGCCAUGCACCUGGAGCAGAGCCACGUCACCUUUCGGUGACAAUUUCUGAAAACUGUUCACUCCGUGUGCGAUCGCAUCGUUCGCACAUAUGCUGAGUCAUUCAAGAGCAAUACCCAGCUCACCUGAAAGCAGUUGUGGGUUGGGGUGCCAUCCAUAAACGAUGCGAAAGUCCCCGGGAAGUCCCCCGUCUGUUUGCACGAGCAACGUUGCCCAGAAUAAUCUAGCGGAGGAUACGAAACACAUUGGAGCUUUCCGCUGACAUGCAAGCACUAGUGCUCAACGUGUCUCUGCGCUGCCAACCCUGGUGAAUAUCCUGCGGCACAGCCGCAAGAUAUUUCCGUAGCAGGCAGGAAAAGACUCAGACCGUGUCGUCUGCUAUGUACGGAGAAGGCCGUUCCAGAGCUUCUGGCACGGUGCAAAUACUCCACGUAACAGGCCAUGGAACUUUCGCCUCAUAGGCAGAUCAUUGCUUUUUCUUCUGCUAGAAUAUUCUGUGGAGAUAUUGCUUGUUCAAUAUAUGGUAUCCUACAGCUGGGGGGUCUACCCUAGCCUUUGUUAUUAGUCAACAAAAGGUUGUUUAUGAAAACAGCAGUUUUUCUUUGUAAGGCACUUCUUCUUUGAACGUGCACACAUAUUUAGCUUUUUCAACGUGUAGCCUUCCUGCAAUGCGCUAGGCCGAUGCCAAACGACCGACUAUUUGGUUUCCAAGCAAAGGAAGCAUCAAAAUAGGAGCCGGGAAAGGUUGUGGGUAAUCAGAGAUGUAUUUUACUUGAACGAGAAUUCUCGGACAUCGUCUAUGGAUGGCCCCCGUCUCAUAGCCUCGUGGGUGAGCUGCCUUCUCCCGUGUAACAUGUUACCCGUAGGAAUCCAUAUUUAAAUAGAAAGGUGGUCUUCCCGCAUCUGAUUGCUUUUACGAGCAUUUUACUCAGCUGUGAUCCCUUUCUUUUUGUCUGCUGCACACCGCCAAUGGAGAUCACCUUCCACAACGACUCAACCACAGACUGUCAGCACAUAAAACCGUAUCUGAGUAAAGCUAUAAGAAUUUGUGUUAUUAGUCAUCACUCCACAUGACUGAAAAUUAGUAAACAAAUAUAUAUAUAUAUUCGUUCUAUACCAGACUGCCCCCCCCCCCCCCUUUAUUGUUUGAUGCAGCAACGGAUUACAGAUUUGCUUUUCUUUCAUUUCUCCAUCAUUUUUUAAGCUCCACUAUUUUGUUUCUCACGCAAGUUUGCAUUGCAACGUCUCUGGAAGGUUGCACUGUGCAUUUGUCGCUCAACUGAUCCACCUUUCCGCACGGACAAGGACAGUUUUCGGUUAUCAGAACGCGGCCCCCCCUCCCAACUGCACAGUUUCUAGUCAGUCCGCUAAGAAUUGUACAGCAGUGACGAAUGGACGGCACCACUCAUAGCAGACGUGCCACUUGACAGCAGAUAUUCAAACCUCCCCUGCAAGAAGUUUGUACAUAUGCCAUGUAAAGAGAGCUCUGUCCUACAUCUCUUAUGUAUCCACUGCAUUCAGAACUUCUAGUGUGGAAGAUAUUGCUGUACAGUAACGAUGUGAAUAAAAAAGGAUGCUGUUUUUUA